CUGGAUUGUUAUUUCAAACAUCUUGCCCUCUUCGAACGCCAUGCCAGUCAUCAAUGCAUCAGUCGCCGCGACUCUUUCCGCGCGAGGUAGACGCGCAUUGCAGCCUGCUUUGUCGUACUUUCAACUUGCCCUCGAUGCCCUCGCCCAUGAAGCAACAGAUGACGACUUGGACGGGUAUGUGUCGGUCGCCAUCUCGGAGAAUCGGAUUCUCGAUGCCAACAAGAUGCUCACGAAAUUGAACGAAAGCUGUGCCGCGGCGUCGCAGAAGUCGGGAUUGGGCUACGACGACUUUACCGGUCGACUAGCCUUUAAACAAGCGUAUGCUUCCUUCGUCAAGGAGACGCUUCUGAAGCCUCACAGCACCACGAAAGCCAUCGACCCAACCCACUUGGCCAUCUCCAGCGGCGUGGGGUCACUCUUGGCGCACUUGAGCUCUCUGCUUCACGACGAAGGCGAUGCGGUGCUCCUACCCACGCCCGCCUACGGCGCCCUCUACAACGACUUCUUCGUGUCGUCGGGCACGAAAGUGAUCGACGUGCCAAUGACGCCCACGUUCGACAUCACCACCGAUGCGUUGCAAGCGGGGUACGACCAAGCGGUCCUCGCCGGCCACACCCCCAAGUCUGUGCUUCUCCUCAACCCCGAAAACCCCCUCGGCAUCAUCCGAAGCAGCCAGACGCUGCGGGCGAUCUCCACCUGGUGCGAACACCACCACUUGCACCUCAUCGUGGACGAAAUCUAUGCCAACUCGAUCCACUCGCCCGAGCAGAGUCCCCAUGCGUUUGAGUCUGGCGCGACCAUCUUCGACACGUCCGUGGCCUCGGCCUCGUUCGUGCAACUGCCUCCGCACGUGCACAUUCUGUGGGGGCUGUCGAAAGACUGGGCCGCGUCCGGCCUCCGCGUCGGCGUCGUGUACACCGGCAACCCCGACCUCCUCCGAGCGCUGUCGAACGUCUUGUACUUUUCAGGCGUGUCCAACUACCUCCUGGACGGCCUCGCGCUCGUCCUAAGCGACUUGCCGUGGUCCACAUCGUACAUUGCCGACAACAACCGCGACCUUCGCCACUCGUACACUCAAGUGGCGUCUGUCUUGACCAAGUUCAAAGUGCCGUUCGUGCCGGCCCCCGCUGGCAUGUUUGUGUGGGUGGACUUUUCGGCGUUCCUGGACACCCCCACGUGGCACGGCGAGCGGGCGUUGACGGAUGUCAUGUUUGACAAGUGCAAGUUCAUCAUGACCCCGGGCGAGGCCCAGCACGCGCCGACACCAGGCUUCUACCGCAUCUGCUUUGCGUACAACACGCCCAAGGCCGUGGUGCAUGGACUCACGCGGACCCUGACGUUCUUGACCACGCAAAAGUAAUACUACGAGGCUGCCUUUAACUUCAUAUUAACGUUAGUAGUAUCAUCGUGUUUGACAGGUAUAAAAUAUAAACAUGUUUCAUGGUUGGAAUGCCA